AUGGUCGCUCCCAUCACUGACUUCUUGACAGUAUAUCCGGGUGCACUGUUCGGAGGUUUGGAUCACGAGCUUACCCGCAUUCUCCGUCGCUAUGUACCUGGUAGCAUCAAAGGUGGUGCUAUUGCACUGCUAUCUUGGAUUUUCAUUAAGCUCGCGAAGCAACUCCAUUUUUGUAUCAAGCCGUUACCUUUUCCCGGCCCCAAGGGAAGUCCGAUUUGCGGGAUGGCCUUCAAACUGGAUCCGAAAAAAGCCCUAACUUCCAUGAGUGCCUGGGUCAAGGAAUUCGGUGAAACGAUCUCAUUCCGAGUCUUCUCGAAGACCUUCGUUGUCACCAAGAAUCACGAUACUCUCCAACAAAUAUUCAGAGACUCGAGUGAAGGACUCUUCGUACGGCAAUUCAACACCCUGGGACUACUACCCGAGUCCGGCAUCUUCCUCACACACGGUCAAGCGUGGAGGGAAGGCAGAAGGAGGGUCGACCCAAUACUCGCUGAGACGAAUGUUCGCGGCUUGGUCCCCGCAAUGUCCCAAAUGUCACGGAGGCUGGUUAACGUGCUUUCUGCUAUGAGUGACUGCGCUGGACAAGUUCACGACUGGGAGCCCCAUGGAUUGCUGCAACUGGCAGCAUUGGACUUCACAUUCGCCACACACUUUGGGAAAGACUUCAAUUUCCUAAGUCCACUAGAUACCAACGGAGCAGCCGAUCGGGAGUACACCUUGCGCGCUUUUCAAGAUUUCUUGACGGGCUUCGAUUUCAUCCUCAAACAUCAGGCUCUAGGGCCUCUCCUGCAGAAUAGGUACCCGAAUAAGCUAAGCCAGCAAGUGGCCAAGUUCUACUCGUCUGUGGCGAAAGUGGAAACUUCUGCGAGAGAAAUCAUCGAACAGAGGAAGAAGGAAUUGUCUGAAGGGGCUGAACCCAAGUGUACCGUCUUGGACAAGUUGAUCGCCGAGAAGAGACUAGACUUGACAUGGAAUCUCAUAACUCGUAUCCGUCCCGUAGCGGAUAUGAGAGGGGCCAACCUCUACUCACCAGGAGUGUCUGCCGUUCAACCAACGGUGUUGAAGGCAGGGCAAGUUUUGAGAGGGGUGCUCCGAAGAGGAGUGCAGAUACGACAAUACGACCUCGAGAAGGCUUUCUAUUCUAUCGGUAUCGACGUCAUCGACGUGGCUACUGGUGAACAUACUCCAGUCUACCUAUCAGUCGGUAAGGAGUUGAUUGAGUGUUCUAAGCUAGCUUUUGGGCUGGCGGUAGGUCCGCAUGCGUUGAACUGUACUCAACGUAUUAUUCGCAAAGUCGUUCGCUGCGCUUACGAGGUUUUGCGAGGUGCUCAAUGUCACGAUGUCCACCCUGCCAUUGUUGUUGUCAUGGACGACUUCGUAGUAGCCGGUGAGGCUCCUGUUCUUGAUGUCGUCGAACAGCUGCUUUUGCUGGGUUGGGACCUGUGCGGUUUCAAUUGCCCUGAUGCGAAGCGUGAGAGAUGGUCGAGUGGCCAAGGUACCCGUUGGCUCGGUAAUCUUUGGUGCUGGGACGAUGAGCACAAGAAGUUAUCUGUUAAGCGCUGUGAAGCUCCGGUGGUCCCGGAGGCUGAGAUGUUGAGUAAGCGUAUCGUGUUCCCGGAACACUGCUCCGGUUGGCCGGGAGGAUCGGCUCGGUAA